AUGAACAGGAGGGGCCAGGAUGCGCAGUUUCGCCCCACGCUGCCGCAGAACGGCGCGGAGGAGGGCGCUGCGAGCGCACAGGGCAGCGGAAGCAACAAGACCGCCUCUCCUGCUCAGGAGCGGAGCCAGGAGCGGGCCGAGGGCGAGGCGGCGGCCGAUGUAGCCCUCAAGGUGUCGGCGGCGGCGGCGCGCACCAAGUCCGGGCCCGCCGACGUGGUGCGUGCAGCGGGCGCCAUGCGAGCUGAGAGCAGCGGCACGGGCCGGCUGCGGCUCAAGGUGCUGACGGGCGGCGACGAGUCCCCGGCGACGAGCUCUCCAGCGGUACGGCAGAUCCACCACGCCCACACGGUCGCGGCUCACGAAAUCCACCGCGCGUUUCACGGAGACGACAAGGACGAAGGAGACGAGCUGGCCCGGCUCGGGAGCGAGGAGCUCUCCCGGCUCAACACACCCGACCUGAUAGAACACCUCAAGAAAACGGAUUACAAGGGCGAGGGGGCGGCGGAGGCCGCCGGUGAGCUGCAGGUGUGGGACAUUCAGGCCAAGCUCGACAGCAUCGCCAUGCGGGCCGCGCCGGUCGUCGAGGACCCACGCUGGCAGCGGCCGGACGAUCCCCUCCCGCUGCACGACCCCCCGCCGGAGCGCCUCCACGUCGUCAGGGAGGAGCUCAAACUUAUCAGGCGCGUGGAGGACCUCGCAUUGCCUCAGGCGAGCUCCUGGCGCCCCGACAAGCCUCUGCCGAAUCCCGCGAACGCGGACGUGAUGCGCGAGGUGUCCAGGGCGGCGCACCUCGUUGCUGACGGCACCUGGCCCAAGUCCGAGGCGUCGCGGUCCGUGUUCUGCCGCUGGGUCAUCAACCACGACAUCUGCCAGAUGGUCCUGGCUCUCUUCUGGGUCGUCUUCGCGGAGUCGUUCAAGCAGAGCAGCCCCGACCGCGAGGCGGCUCUCGAUCACUGCUUUCGCGCAUUUGGGCACCACUACGCGGCCCGCGUCAUCAACCCGCGCUACGAGGUCGUGCGCAACAAGCUCGAGCACCACUGGGGCCCGCGCGAGGAGCGCUACUGCUCGCUGCUCCCGCACGUCACCGCCGCGGCCGCCCUGGAGGUGUUCCGCACCGCCUUCCCGCUCUCCGCGCACAAGUUCGACAACCCGUCCUUCAGGCAGCGGCUGGAGGACGUCCUCAAGGCGUGGGUUGCGGGACACCUCCCGAGCCUCACGCACCCCACCAUCGUCGAGGGGAGCGACGACGAGGAGCCUGUCCGCGGCGGACCUGUCCCGCCGGGCGCCACGCGCGCCGUCAUCGACGCCGCGAAGCUCGGCACCCCCGACGGCUCCCCGCAGCAGCCGACGAAGUCCCGCGGCACCUCGGGCCGCAACCACGGCUUCAAACCAUCCGCGACGGCGCCGGCGGCCAUGCGGGCCAGCCCCGAGCCGACGCUGCCAGUGCAGCGCGGGCCCUACCCGUGGAGCCGCUGCCGCGCGGUCGCCGAGGCCACGCACGUGGGCGCGCAACAAACGCGCCGCGACGUCCACGUGCACACGCUCCUGGGGCAGCCGUCGAACUUGAGUCCGCGGCGCGGCGCGUCGGCGUCGCAGGAAUUCGCGCAGGGGCUCAUGCACGCGGCCGAGACGGUGCAGGCGGUGCGGCGGGCGGAGUAUUCCAAGUCCCCCGGGGGGCAGGCGGCGAAGGUCGGCGGCGACGGACUGGGCACGCUUCCGGAGGGGCACCCGGGGUUGCAGACGCUGACGCGGAUGGUGGAGUUUCGGGAGAAGCAGGCGGCGCACAAGAAGGCCUACAGGGAGAUGCAGCAGAGGCUGCGCAAGUCGGGGGUUGAGGUCCAGGCGCCGGAGGGGACGCAGCGGUCGUUGCCGGACAUGGACGAGGAGACCGACCAGAGCGUGCUGGCGGCGGAGAGCUCGCACGACAAUCUGAAGCGCGGGUUCUUCGCCGAGGGCGCGGGCGGCGGUGGGUGGGCGCGGAAGAAGUGGGCUGUGGGUAAGAAGGGGGUAGGGGGCGGUCUUGCCGGGGCGCUGCUGGGCGCGGUGCGGGAGAAGAAGGCGCAGGACGCGCGGGAGGCGAUGAUGGACGCGGAGGAGAAGGAGGAGGGCGACAAGGCCCGGCGAAUCAGCGCGUUGAGUGACCUCGUGCGCUUGGAGGACAGGGAGGGCGCGAGGGAGGAGGAGGCGGCGCAGCUGAGGCGGGAGCGCGCAAACGCGAUCGCGAAUCGCUUCAUGGCGGCGCUGCGCCACUCGGUGCAGUCCGGCCUGGACUCCCAGGCGGAGGAGGAGCCGUCAAACGUUGUCCCGGUGGUCGACAUGCCCUGGGAUGCCCACCGCAAGCGCAUCAUGGCGCGUCCUGAAGGAUUUCCGCUCAACGGCAUAUCCCCCGCCGUCGCGGUGCACCUCCAGCAGCAGGGCAUCGACACGCAGCGCUUCGUCGGCGCAGGCCUCCUGCGCACCGAGAUCGGCCAGCCGAACCGCUGGCGCAAGCCGCCCGUCCUCGUCAAAGCCGCGGCCCCGGGCGACAUCGCGUUCACCGACCCGCAGUCCGGGAAGGACCGCGACCGCGCCGCGAUGACGUACCGCGAGCGCGUGGACGCCGCGGUCACUGACGGCGGCGCGGAGGCCGCGGAGAAGGCGUAUCGGCAGCGCCGGGCCGAGCUCGUGCGCGAGGUGACGGCGUUGCGGCAAGCGACGGCCGCCGAGGCGCGGGACAUCGAGAAGGAGCGCCGCACGCUCGGGCAGCGCGUGGACCUCGGGAGCUCGCGCGCGUCGCAGAUCAGCAAGAGCCGGUGGGACUGGCGGGGCGAGAUGGAGAAGGUGUUUCAGCGCAAGGCAGAAGGGCGGCCGACGAGCUCGCACACGCACUCGCUGCAGCGGACGGUGUCGACGGCGACGCGGCUGGCCCGCGCGGAGCGCAUGCGCGCGGAGCGGGCGGCCGCGGUGUCGGGUAUGAAGCCCGCGGGGGAGAAAUCGACGGCGGUGGCGCUGGCGAAGCCGGCGCGGGAACGGAAGGCCGGGGAGGCGGAGAAGGCGCGGCCGCGGGGCGUGGAUGGCGUGCUGGGGCCGCUGCACCGCGACGUGGUGGACGCGGAGGUGCACUGUCGGGUGCACAAGGCGGGGGGAGUGAGGUCGGAGCAGCAGGAGCUGCCGCCGGCGUGCGGGGUGCUGCGGUUCCGGAGACACGGCGAGUACGGGGCGGUGGGGGCGCUGCGGACGACGCGCGAGAGCAAGCGGGCGAUGAUGCGGCUGCACACAACGACAUAG